UUGGUUGCUAGGCAACGCUUUUGGGACAGUGGCAUUUGGCGGAAUUUAUUUUAUAGCUAGUGGCGAUUAAUUUAAAACAUGAUCUAAAAUAAGGAGUGGAAUCUGAGAAUCGGAUUGAAAGGAAAUGGAUCAAUACAAGCGCCAAGUUAGAGUUCGCCGUAAAAGCGGGUUUCCUUACAAACGAGAUACACCUAUAAGACCAGCGACAAGGAGGCGAGACACAUAUAAGAGACAUCUGGCCAUCAAACACUAUGACUCAUUACCAGAAGAGCCUGAGGAAGAAAAAAUAAAUAAACCCACAGUCAAACCUGUAAGCCCAGUGAGGGUUGGUACAUCUAUGCCGUGCUUAAGCAGCUCUGGGUUUACUGAAAACAGAAGAAGCCAACCUGUUUCAUCUGUUAUGUCGAAUAUUAAAGAACCUGGCCACCAAAAAUUAUCAGGAAAACUUUACCCGACAGUUCAGGACGCAGUCAUUCCAGAGGUCAUUAAAGGUUACAGCACUACACAAAGUGGGACGUCUUGCAUCAUGGAGGCAGACUCAACUUUAAACUCAGAGGAUGAGGAUGAAGAUGAUGAUUACAUUUACUCCUCUGCCUCCACAACCCUUAGCAGCAUUCCUUCCCCAGAGAUCUUCAGAAAAGAAAAGAGUGUGGACACAGUGAGUCUGCCUAACGAAGAUGAGUUGCUGGGUCUCCAUAUUCAUGUGAAAAAUUCCACUUUGUUGGAAGACAGCCAUGCGGAGAACAUUCACAUGCAUUAUCCACCCAACCUUUCCACCAUCAUAGAUGCUUCUACAAUUCUUGCAGAAAAGAAAUGUGAGAUCAGCUACCACAAAACUAAGGAAGAAACUAAAAAAGACAUAAGCUCAUGUAAAUCAGAUCAAGCAUUUGAGAGGAAAACCUCACCACAACUCUCGGAGAGAAAGCCCAUUUUCUAUAAAAAGAAGGUUUGGUUCAAAAGUCCCAUCACAACUGAGAUUCCAGAAGCCAAAGACAUCACAUCCUGUACACCGAGCAGCAACAACACCAGCAUUUCCUCAAGCCCUCCCCAGAAAGUUAAGCCUCAUCCCACAACAUCCAGGACAAGUAUAAUCAGCUCUAAUGAUGAAACAUUAUCUCUUGCUGUGACGCUUAAAAGGCCUGUGAAAACGUGUCCGCAAAACGCAAUGUUCUUUCACUUUGAGAAUGAUAGUGAAGGAGAGGCCUUUUUACAAAGGAUGAGAGAAAGAUCUGUCAUACUCAGAAGUGCUGUUUUCCUUCCAUUAACAUUAGGCAGUCAAAACCCACAGAGUUAACCUACAGUUCAGUCUGAAUUGUUUAAGUGAGAAUGUAUGCUAAUAAGAGAUAAGCAGUGAAGGUUAAGGAAAUGGAUGGAUGGAUAACGUACUUGGAUGCGCAACAUUAAGGUAUGUGGACAAGUAAGCAGUGUCACUGUAUAAUAUUUAAAAAGGAAUAGCUACUGGAAAGACAGCAGUCCCACAUUUAUCUUUUUACUUGAACAUGAUCUAAGUAAGAGUUGAACUUUAUUUUCUUUGCAUUUUAAUUACACUGUUUUAAUGUCCCAUCAUAUCUGGUACGAAGCGGUUUUUUUGAUAGUUACUGUGAACAGUGUCUCAAAAAUGUGCAGCUUUAAUGCACUAUUUUUUUUUUUAUCGUGUUUGCAGAUUCAAAUGCUCAGCUGAUCUUUGCCAUUUUGCAACAAUGGAAUUAAAAUGUGCACACCAAAAUAUACCCACUAGAUGGCACAUGUGUAUACUUAAUAACAUUUACGAAUAUUCAUGUACCAAUUAUCUUUUGUGUAAAAAAAAUACGUGUGUGUGUGUAUAUAUAUAUAUGUUACUUUGUCUUUUCCAUGGAUUUUGCUUAUUUCAAGGAAAAACUAAAUUAAAAUAUGCAAUAUAUA